GGCAGCUCGCCGCCAGGCAGCUGGAGCAGCGGCCGGCGCUCCGCUCGGAUCUCGCCCUCCGGGUUGGUUUCGUCGCCUGCUAGGGAUGGCUGGCUACUUGCGGGUCGUACGCUCGCUCGGCAGAGCCUCGGGAUCCGGGCCGGCCUGGGCGCCCGCAGCCCUGACAGGCCCCAACUUGCAGGACCAGCCGCGCCGCCACUAUGCUGACAAGAGGAUCAAGGUGGCCAAGCCCGUGGUGGAGAUGGAUGGCGAUGAGAUGACCCGUAUCAUCUGGCAGUUCAUCAAGGAGAAGCUCAUCCUGCCCCACGUGGAUGUCCAGCUCAAGUAUUUCGACCUGGGGCUCCCACACCGUGACAAGACUGAUGACCAGGUCACUAUUGACUCUGCAUUGGCCACCCAGAAGUACAGUGUAGCUGUCAAGUGUGCCACCAUCACCCCUGAUGAAGCCCGUGUGGAAGAGUUCAAGCUGAAGAAGAUGUGGAAGAGUCCCAACGGAACCAUCCGGAACAUCCUCGGUGGGACCGUCUUCCGGGAGCCCAUUAUCUGCAAAAACAUCCCCCGCCUCGUCCCUGGCUGGACCAAGCCCAUCACCAUUGGCAGGCACGCCCACGGCGACCAGUACAAGGCCACAGACUUUGUGGCUGACCGGGCCGGCACCUUCAAGAUGGUGUUCACCCCAAAAGAUGGCAGCAGUCCCAAGGAGUGGGAGGUGUACAACUUCCCUGCCGGCGGCGUGGGCAUGGGCAUGUACAACACAGACGAGUCCAUCUCGGGUUUUGCGCACAGCUGCUUCCAGUAUGCCAUCCAGAAGAAGUGGCCGCUGUACAUGAGCACUAAGAACACCAUUCUGAAAGCCUACGACGGGCGCUUCAAGGACAUCUUCCAGGAGAUCUUUGACAAGCAUUAUAAGACCGACUUCGACAAGAAUAAGAUCUGGUAUGAGCACCGGCUCAUUGAUGACAUGGUGGCUCAGGUCCUCAAGUCUUCAGGUGGCUUUGUAUGGGCCUGCAAGAACUAUGAUGGAGACGUGCAGUCAGACAUCCUGGCCCAGGGCUUUGGCUCCCUUGGCCUGAUGACAUCCGUGCUGGUGUGCCCAGAUGGAAAGACCAUUGAGGCUGAAGCCGCUCAUGGGACAGUCACCCGCCACUAUCGGGAGCACCAGAAGGGCCGGCCUACCAGCACCAACCCCAUCGCCAGCAUCUUUGCCUGGACACGUGGCCUAGAGCACCGGGGAAAGCUGGACGGGAACCAGGACCUCAUUAGGUUCUCCCAGACCCUGGAGAAGGUGUGCGUUCAGACGGUGGAAAGCGGAGCCAUGACCAAGGACCUGGCGGGCUGCAUCCAUGGUCUCAGCAACGUGAAGCUGAAUGAACACUUCCUGAACACCUCGGACUUCCUGGACACCAUCAAGAGCAACCUGGACAAAGCCCUGGGGCAGAAAUAGCAGGUGGCAAGCGCUGCCCGGCUGCUGCGGUGGACACGGGUCCUGGGACCGUGGUGGAGGGUGAGCCUCAGCCCUCUCAGGAGGCCUUUCUAGGGGACAUUUUUUAUAAGCAAAUGUUUUUAAAAGUAUCCGCGUUUCCCCUCACGGUGACGUGAGGCAGGAACAGUGUGUUUUACCUCAGCCCGUCAGUAUGUUUUGCAUACUGUAAUUUAUAUCGCCCUUGGAACACAUGGCGCCGUAUUCAGCUACUAAAACCUCUUCACAAAA